GUUACAGGUCACAGUGCAUGUGAAGGUUGAGGACGUGAUCCCAGAGAAGAUGGACGCCCCUGAAGUAUUAUGGGAAUCUCAAAGCGCCCAGCUGGAGCCACCACAGCCCCAUCCCGCAUGGGGAAUCCUGGAGGAGACAGCACUGAGGAAUUACGAGCUGCCAGGUGCCCCUGAAAAGGAGCCCAGAGUUGGACAAGAAAUGGCAGGUGCUGGAAUCCUGAGCCAGGCUGAAGAGAAGCCUCGCAACGAAGGGCCUGAAAUGGUGCUGCCCCCCAGCGUAUCACAGAGUGGAUCAGGGGAGAGCGUUACCCACACACUUGAGCAGGGAGGAGCCUGCAAGAGGCAGAAGAAGAUCCCAGCAGGGAAGGAGCCAGGCCCCCCAGAGGAACAAUGCAGCAGAUUCAGGAGACUAACCCAGCUCCUUGCGCAGGGGAGACCUCAGACCGCAGGGGACCUUCACGAAGAGCAAUACCAUAGAUGUCGAGACUGUGGGGAAAGCUUCAGGGAAAAGCAGGAGCUCAUGGCGCAUGGCAAGGUCCAUGAGAAAGAGAGACGCUAUCCCUGCGCCGAAUGUGGGAAGAGAUUCAGCUGUCCAGCGCAUCUCAAAACCCACCAGAGAAGCCACACGCGCGAGAAGCCCUACUCAUGUGGAGAGUGCGGGAAACUGUUUGGCUAUCUCUGCACGCUGACUACGCACCAGAGAACCCACACAGGGGAGGGCUUGUUCCCCUGUGACGAGUGCGGGAAAACUUUCACCAGCUGCUCGGACCUCAGCAAGCACCAGCGCUCCCACACGAGCGAGCGGCCCUACCCCUGCGCCGAGUGCGGGAAGCGCUUCAACCGGCUCUCCAACCUGAAGAUGCACCACAGGACUCACACGCAGGAGAGGCCCUACCCAUGCACUGAGUGCGGGAGACGCUUUGGCCACCUCUCCACGCUUGUGAGGCACCGGAGAGCCCACACAGGGCAGAGACCCUUCCCCUGUGCGGAGUGUGGCAAGACCUUCACCACCAGGACAGGGCUGAGCAAGCACCAGAGAAUCCACACAGGCAAGCGGCCCUACCCCUGUGGGGAGUGUGGAAAACGCUUCGGCUACCUCUGCGCUCUGACCACACACCAGCGACUGCACACAGGGGAGAGACCCUUCUCCUGUGCUGAGUGCGGGAAAACCUUCACCAGCCCCGCGGACCUGACCAAGCACCAGCGCUCCCACACGGGUGAGCGGCCCUACCCCUGCGCUGAGUGUGGGAAACACUUCAGCCAGCUCUCCACCCUGACAGUGCACCAGAGGACUCACACACAGGAGAAGCCCUACCCCUGUGCCGAGUGCGGGAAGAGCUUCAAGUACCUGGCUUACCUCGCCAUUCACGAGCGCUCCCACACCGGGGAACGGCCCUUCCACUGCGCCAAGUGUGGGAAGAGCUUCAGCAACAAGUCAGCUCUCACCCGGCACCAGAGAAUCCACGCCAGAGCUGCAGCUGUGGAUGAGUGAGGCCAUCCCGGCUGAGAGCUCCGCUGCAGGUGUUCACCAGGAAUAUUUGAAGUGGAGGAACAGAAAAUGGUUCUGCAGAGCCCGAGGGAAAUCAGGCCUCAAAACCCAACCCCAUUACCCUGUCACACACAAUGUGGGUUUGUCUUUGCUGCACAGUUAACCCAGGCUUUCCUCUGGGUUUUAGCCCAAUCCCCUACUACCCACACAGAAAGUCUUCUGACCCAUGAUUCAGGGUGCUUUAAUCCCAGGCUAGUUUACACAGCUGGGGGUAUAUAUUAGAGCUCAGACUGUCGUUAAACUCAGGUUAAAACUCACACAUGUUGCAGUGAGGACACAGGCAAAGUCCCCUCAGUGCUCAUAGUCCUCCAGUGCUUUCCCACAAUGCAUCCCGAAGGACAGAUGGGUUCUUCCAUCAUUGACUGGGAAGGAAUCGUACAGCAUCUCAAAACAAAGAACUACAGGAUCUGCUUCCAGACCAGACAUGCACAGGGAAGUGUAGACACAGUAAUGCAGAUAGGGCUUGCAGUAGGGACAUUCACACCUGGGCUAGGCUAACCAGGGUGCCUAGAUCCAAGUGCCAAUCACCUGAGUUAACUGUAUUAAAACUUAGCCCAAUAUCAAUGAGGAGGGCCGGCCUUUGCUUUGUUCCCCUGAGGAGUCUCAGGGCUUGAAUCCCCCAGCAGUUCCUGGUCACUUUGGGGAUGUCCACAUGGCAGAGUGUAGGCGUGUCUGGACUCCCAUGCCUGUGAAUUCCUGCUUGCCAGGCCUGUCUGUGAGUGUCCACCCUGCAGAGCCCCACACGAUCCAGACCCAUAUAGCCAUGUUCACAGUCACAUGGCAAUGGCAGGGGUUCGGCGCUAGGAUUUCUGAGGGUGUAUGCCAGGGUGCUGGAGCCACUCUAGGAAUUGGUUUGUGGUGUAUUGUGGGAGAGCUUGUCUGUCUUUCCCAGACCCCUUUGUGGUGGAAGUGUUCUUAGCCAGCAACACCUGUAGCUACGGCACUUCAGGCCCUGCACAAUUCUUACUUCUGCCCCCUCCAGCUGGUGCCGUGCCAUGCCAUGGAUCCAGCACAGUUGGAAGAGCUGUUCCUGCUAGUGGCUUCACUGUUAUUACAGAAUACAGAUGGAGGGGCUAAUGACAACAGACAGCAUUUUAGCACAAGUUGCUGACCCACAGAUGGCAGCAGUGGGUCUUGGAGGGGAGUUAAUUCAUGGCAGACUGAUGACACCUUUUGCAUGCUGCAGUUGCUAUGCAUUGCCUAUAUGUAGCCCAGGGCUUCUGAUGCAGGAUGGCUAGCCCAGCGUGGUGGGGUCACAUCAUCUUGCAGACCUGGGGAGACCAGCAAUGGCUCCAGAACUCCUGCAUAAGGAAGCAGACCUGUGUGAGGAGCUGGCCAUGCCAGGCCAGUCUGUUCCUGUGACUCCACCCCCCUUCUGCUGGGAUCUCCUCCAUCUGCCCCAGGCUAAAACCCAUUUGGGUCCCUGCUCAAAAGCCUGUGAUGGAGGACUGUGGGCUCUGCGCUUGAGGCUGGGACGGGUGCUCAGUUGACAGCCCUGUAGUAAGGGCAGGUAGUUGUCAGGUGCCAGCCUUUGCCUCAUGGGAGAUGGUCAUUAGGUUUGUAAUGUGCACCUUUGCUCUGCACAGCCAUCUGCUGGAUCCCCACCCCACCAGCCUCUGCAAGAGCUUCUCAUACAAGGGAAUGUUUUGGGUGCUUCUCCCAAACUUAGGCUCCCUGCUAUAUGCACACCAGAGGUUAACCCAGCUAGCAUCCUACUGGUGGGCAACUUCUCUGACUGCUCAGCAGAACUGCGCUGAGCUGCCCAGAACAUGGAGCAGGAUGCAUGGAAUGAAGGAUGUACAUAAACCGGCAGGGAUUAUCUAAACCCCAGCUCAGCUACACAUGUGUUGCGGCAUCCUCGCUGGACAGUGAGGCGGUUGGAGCACGACUUUAACCCAGUGUAAACUCUGGGGAAGCGACCAUCUUUUGUACAGCACCUAGCACGAUGGGGGCCUGGUCCACCAGUGGGGCUCCUGGACGCUACCAUAAUAUAAAUAAUAACCCCAGCUAGGCAAGCAAGCAUGUUUUUUAAGGGUUGUGUGGGGAUGCUAGGCUAAAACCCAUGUAAGAACACAGGCUAAGCCGGCAGCGUAGACAUACCCUUCCCUGUUGAAAGGAGCUGAGGGGGUCAUGGAUGCAGAGAUGAUGGCAGCCUGAGUUAAAGUGAAUGGAUGGGCUUCAGCACUCCCCUUCAGUCUAACAGAAGGGGAAGCUGAGACUUGUGAUGCAAAGCA